ACCGCCAACGCCACCGACCUCACCCCUAGACAUGCGGGACAACCUCGCCCUGCCCUUCUACCCUCACCCAAGCUUUCUCACUGGGGCUCUUCCCGCCCUCCGGUCGCGGCACCCACAGGUGCCACAUCUCCCGAUGGCGUAUCCAUUCCCGGGGCUCAACUUCCUCAACAUGGUUUCAUACCAGACGGCCUUUCCUUACUAUCCGUCGCUCCGUGCAAUCCCCGCGCCAGACACCGCCCCUGGGUCACCAACAUCACCCCAGGAUCUGCGGACGGACGUGAAAAAGUUUGGCAUGAAAGUUGAAGAGAAAAUACGGGAGAAAACAGAAGAAACCCCCAAGAAGAAGCCACGGUUUGACUUCGCGCACUUAGCCGAAUCUUGCACGAAACCAGACCCCAUUAAAGAGGAAAAAUUGCAGCCAUUCGCAUUGCCGCCAAAUCAUCAUUUUCCAAUCAACGACUUCAGACACGACCCCCUACGAAGCGGGUUCUAUCCCAUAAUUCCAACACAUCCGGGCAAUCAGUGCAAACAACUAGCAGAGAAAAAGCCACGAGGAAGAGGACCCGCAAGGGCCAAGAAAGAAUUCAUCUGCAAAUACUGCGGAAGGAAAUUUACGAAAUCUUACAAUCUUCUCAUUCACGAACGAACACACACGGACGAACGGCCGUAUACAUGUGACAUUUGUAACAAAGCAUUCAGGAGGCAAGAUCAUCUCAGAGACCAUAGAUAUAUUCACUCAAAAGAAAAACCAUUCAAGUGUACAGAAUGUGGAAAAGGCUUCUGCCAGUCUCGGACCCUUGCAGUUCACAAGACACUUCACAUGCAAGAAUCUCCGCACAAAUGCGCCACCUGUGGGAAAACCUUCAACCAACGCAGCAACCUAAAGACCCAUCUUUUGACGCAUACAGACAUUAAACCGUUCGACUGUCAAAAUUGCGGAAAGGUUUUCAGGAGGAACUGUGAUCUCAGGCGUCAUAGUUUGACGCACAACCUCACUCCGUGUGGUGCCAACAUGUUACCUGACUCCGAGGAUGAGUUCAUCACUGUCGUCUGAUAAAACGAAAUCAAUAACAAACGAAUUUCGUGUCUACAGACUGUGCCAACAAACAAGUAUUGAGAUUUUGUUGUUGUCUGCUAACAACCUCGUCAUCGUGUUGAAACACCAAGUACAUGGGGCCGAGGAAGGACGGUGAUCUACAGUUGGCUGAAAAAAGCAGAGUCUUUCAAUUCAAAUAAAUUUAUUUGAAAGACUCUGAAAAAAGAUAGUUGCAGUUGCAGGUUUCAACUGGUUCACCAUACAUAAACGGAGAAAGUUGAUAGAACGGACCAAAAUGUCAGAAACUUCUUAGCCUCAUGCUGCAGGCAAUGUCAUAUUGGAUAUUCUUAAAGGAGGCAUUUUGAUAUGAUGAUGGCAGCACUUGUGUCUAAUUUGUUCUAAGGGGAACAAUUGCUGCCUUCUUACGACCCUGGUACGAGGCGUCUGAUUGACUGGUGUAAAAAUAUCAAAAGACUGAAUUGGCAUGUUCAGACUGAACUGCAAACAAGUGCAAUAUAUUCUGUAGUUUUACGGGACUGCGUAGUUUUUUGUAGCUACAUUCAGGGCUCAGUGCGUGCCGGUGAGACCUUACUAUGAAUCGACGGCUGGGAAUCGUAUUCUUUAAUCACCCCAGCAACUUUUGAAAGUGACGAAGGUGUCAUUAAUUUACAUAUCUUUAUACAUAUCAUAGGGACCGUGACACCUAAUUCGACUACCCCCCCCCCCCCCUUACAUAUCCCUAUAUCGAAGAAUUUGUGACAGCCGUCCUCUGUAGGUUCUUUUAAAUCUCGUCACCAAUUUGCUGUUGGUAAGUUAAGGUCGCUACAGGUAUUAUACAAUUACCACAGGCCUACCCUUUCAGCCAUGAUUUUCUCUCGCAUGACUCCACUGGGAGUCACGGGCACGUUCAUUCCACUGGGUCGAAACGAGGACUCGACAAUAUUAUUCUUCAAUUAUUCUCAAUACCAUUCCACAGUAUGACAGUGAUUCCAGAUACAUUCAGCAUCCAACUGGGUAUGCGGAGAACUAUUUGGGCCACCCACCUAAUUAUUGUUGCCUUUAUUAUGAGUACUGGUCUCGAUUGAUUAUUUUAUUCAGUGGCAUUUGAAUCUUGUGUUAUUCGCCGCAGGGACAUGUUAUCUCGACCACUAUAUGUGCUACCGUGAUUUUUCAUUUGUCUUUUUUCUUGAAAUGUCUGCAUGAAAUGGUAGUUUAAAUCCCACUGUCUCAAAAACAACAUGGAUUGUUUGAAACGAUAACAGACGAAAGUAAUCAUCAUUCCUUUCUGUGGUUGCUACUGGUGUCUUUGUAUAGUUGCCUUGGAUGGAAUCCGUGAAUGGAUGCCGUCUGUGUGUCUGUGUCGUUGGGGGAUGACGAGGCCACUGAGUUACUGAACUUUUGUAUAUAGAUAUUAAAAAUCAUGUUCAACUAUUACUUAUUUUAUUCUCGAGCAUUUUAUUUUGUUUUGAACAAUUGAUGUACAACAUUUAGUUGAGAAUUGUUCCUUGUAUCAAGGGCAAAACGAAAUUCUCAGACUGAACUGGUGUUUUAUAGUGACGCGCCAACUGGCGUUUUUCUUGGAACUGAAUUCUUCCGACAACCCCAGCAAAGGGGUUCGCAGGGGUUAAAACAUUGUGUAUUAACCCUUCGUAGACAUUUUACAAAGUCGCGAUACAGUGGCAUGUGAAUAGUUCAAUGAAUGUGCUAUUCCAAAUCAACGCAUUGUUCUAGGUAAAUUGACACUGUUAUACAUGCUUCCCGAAAUUGGUGGCUUGCAUUGGAACUAACUUUUCCCCCCUUGUCCGUCAUUAAAGGCAUUCAAGUGUGUUGGUCAACCAUGACUAUCUCCUUUGUCCCUCCACCAUAAGGCCUAAUUUCCCCUUAUGACAUCACUAUCUCGGACACUCAGCGCUCCAUUUCUGGAAAGGUGUAUAGUAGUGUAAGACUCCCGGCGCAGUCCAUUGCGUCAUCCUAAUUGGGUCUCCUUAUGGUAAGGAACGGGGCCGGUCCACUGCGUUCGGAGUGUAAUGUAAGCGGCUUCAUUGUUCUUAAUGUAGGCCAAAGCGUAUUGCUAUAUUAGUAUUAGAUGUUAUUAAGUUAUUUCACUGUCGUUUGAUUGUGUACAUACAUUGAUCAUUAACUCAUCAAAAUUAUUGUAAAUAAAAUGAUGAUUUAUCAAGUACUCAAUAAUUGAA